GGACCGAAUUGGAUGAAAGUUUCAAGGAGUUUGGGAAAAACCGCGAAGUCAUGGGGCUCUGUCGGGAAGAUAUGCCAAUAUUUGGUCUCUGUCCGGCACAUGAUGAUUUCUACUUGGUGGUGUGUAACGACUGCAACCAAGUUGUCAAACCGCAGGCAUUUCAAUCUCAUUAUGAAAGAAGACAUAGCUCAUCUAGCAAGCCUUCCUUGGCUGUUCCUCACACUUCAGUAUUUUCCCUCUUCCCUUCUCUGUCCAAAAGCAAAGGCGGCAGUGCCAGUGGAAGCAGCCGGUCUUCCAGUGGAGGGGCCCUUUGCACAGCCUCAUCAAGCUCCAAGUUACUCAAACUGCCCAAAGAGAAACUGCAGCUCAGGGGGAACAGCAGGCCCACGAAUCCCAUGCAACAGACUAAAGUCCCCCAUGGUAGAGUCAUGACACCCUCUGUGAAGGUGGAAAAGAUGCAUCCGAAGAUGGAUGGCACACUACUGAAAUCCACAGUGGGGCCACCCUGUCCUGCUACUGUGAGCUCUGCAGUCAAGCCUGGCCUUAACUGCCCCUCAAUACCAAAGCCAACCUUGCCUUCACCCGGACAGAUUCUGAAUGGCAAAGGGCUUCCUGCAACACCCAUUCUGGAAAAGAAACCUGAAGACAGUUCUAAUAAUAGGAAGUUUUUAAACAAGAGAUUAUCAGAAAGAGAGUUUGAUCCUGACAUCCACUGUGGGGUCAUCGAUCUAGAAACCAAGAAGCCCUGCACCAGGUCUUUGACUUGCAAGACACAUUCCUUAACCCAGCGGAGAGCCGUUCAGGGUAGAAGAAAACGAUUUGAUGUGUUAUUGGCUGAGCACAAAAACAAAGCCAGGGAAAAGGAAUUGAUUCGCCAUCCAGACUCUCAGCAACCACCACAUCCUCUCAGGGACCCACAUCCCACCCCUCCUCGGAUGCUGCCACAGGAGCCACAUGUUUCUUCAGAAUCGAAGCCUUUUGUAGCUAGUAAACCGAAACCUCAUACCCCUAGUCUUCCAAGGCCUCCAGGCUGCCCUGCUCAGCAAGGUGGGAAUAACCCCAUUGACCCUCCUCCAGGCCACGAGUCUCCUCACCCUCCCUUACCUGCCACUGAGCCAGCGUCUCGGUUAUCAAGUGAGGAGGGUGAAGGCGAUGACAAAGAAGAGUCUGUUGAAAAACUGGACUGUUAUUAUUCAGGUCACCAUCCUCAGCCAGCAUCGUUUUGCACAUUUGGGAGCCGGCAGAUUGGAAGAGGUUAUUACGUGUUUGACUCCAGGUGGAACCGCCUUCGCUGUGCCCUUAACCUCAUGGUAGAAAAGCAUUUGAAUGCACAGCUAUGGAAGAAAAUCCCACCAGUGCCCUGUACUACAUCACCUGUUUCUGCCCGUAUUCCUCACCGGACAAAUUCUGUGCCGACAUCACAAGGUGGGAUCAGCUGCUUUGCAGCAACCACAGUCUCUACAUCCCCAGUUAUGCUGUCGUCCGCCUGCAUCUCCCCAAAUAGCAAAUCAGUACCAGCUCAUGGAACCACUCUAAAUGCACAGCCUGCUGUUUCUGGGGCAAUGGAUCCUGUGUGCAGUAUGCAAUCCAGACAAGUAUCUGCUUCAUCCUCAUCCCCCUCCACACCCUCUGGCCUCUCUUCAGUCCCCUCCUCUCCUCUGUCCAGAAAACCUCAGAAAUUGAAACCUAGCAAGUCUGUAAGACCCAAGGAGUCUUCUGGUAACAGCAGUAACUGUCACAAUGCCAGUAGCAGUACCAGUGGUGGCUCAGGAAAGAAACGCAAAAGCAAUUCCCCACUGCUAGUUCAUUCUUCCUCCUCCUCGUCAUCCUCCUCCUCCUCCUCCUCUCAUUCCGUGGACUCUUUUAGGAAAAACUGUGUGGCUCACUCUGGGACUCCAUACCUGUCAACUGCAACAUCUUCCCACAGCAUCGGCCUCAACUGUGUGACAAAUAAAGCACACUCGGUGAGCCUGCGGCAUGAGCAGGCAGGGAGAGGUCCCCCUGGUGUGAGCCCUGCAGAGUCCAUCAAGAGGAUGAGUGUAAUGGUGAAUAGCAGUGACUCCACUCUUUCUCUUGGGCCGUUCAUUCAUCAGUCCAAUGAACUGCCUGUCAACUCACAGAGCAGUUUUCCACACUCACACACUCCUCUAGACAAACUCAUAGGAAAGAAAAGAAAAUGCUCUGCAAGCUCUAGCAACGUCGGCAACAGUGGCAGCAAACCUACAAAAGUUGCCAAAUUGCCAGCCAUGAACAACGUCCACAUGAAACACACAGGCACCAUGCCAGGGGCCCCAGGACUGACGAACAAUUCCCUCCUUCAUCAGCCAAAGGCACGUCCCUGACAACUGACAAUACCACUGGAAGGAAUAAUGCAGACAUUUUUGAAGACAAGUUACACCUCUGCUCAGCACUCUGGACCCCACGAUGCCUUUGAGUCUCUGUGUAAACUCCUGUGGGCUCCAGGGUAACCUGUGGCUCUCUCCCAAGGAUUUCCUGAUGCUUUGUCUGUAGCAGUGAGUACCCAGAAAGGACACUGGAUCAAGUUCAGCCACCAGACUGCUUUAUCAGUGGUAAAGUGGUCUGGACUGCUUGCUACCAAUCUGUGAGAAGUUUUUGUUUGUGUUUUGUUUUUGUUUUUAAAUUGCAGCAUAUCAUGGAGCCACUCUUCAAGUAGAUUGGCUGGGCAAAAGAAUGUUUUGGCAAGAGCGUUGCUGUAGACUCUCCUCCUCCUUUUUCCGCCAGAUUUUUUUUUUUUUUUUUUUUUUUUUUUUUUGAACACAUUCUCACCUGUAGGUCAUUCUCCAGCAGGUAGGCACCUUAACUGGAGACUGGAGGCCUUCCAAAGAAAGGGAGCGAGUUGCAUCCUGAGUAGCCUCCUAGAGGAUAUCUGGCUUUAGAUUUUCUUUUAGCAGUGUUCAGGAAUAGAAUAUUGAUGUUGGUCAAUGCAUCAAGACAUAGUAGCCGAGCCUUUCCCUAUAAUGUGGGAUAAGAAGCUUAUCAAGUUCUUCCAACUUAAGAACUGGUUUGAAGCUGCUCAUACCCGGAUAUUAAGUUGAAAGAAUCUCAGAGCUUAGUUUUCAUGGUACAAAAGCAUGUGUGAUAAAAAGAGAGACAGAAAGGAAGAGUGAAGAAAAAAGAAGACGAAGAGACAAGGAAAACUAGUUUUGGUGAUGAAAAGCCAGCUGGGACACCGGAUUUGGGGAGGUGAAAAAAAUCAUGACGUGGGGCAAAGCUUGCAGGGUUUCCAAAGAGACGGACUUUUCUUGUUAAUGCACUCAUUAUUGAACAGUGUGUCAGAGUGGGCUCAUUGUCUUACUCAGUCUGCUUCUUAAAAUUUGCCUUUUUAAAGUUAUUAUGAUGUCCUUAAAUAUUUCCAAGGCAUUACUCCCAUUUCCUCUUUCAAUAUUGUUUGAAGAAGUGUAAGUUUCUGCUUUCAGGACCGCUGUCAUUGUGUCUGUGUCACAGCUUCCCUUCAGGCCACUAGAGAUGUAUAUUUGGAUGCCGGUGAGCUGAGGAGGAGACCCCCAAGAAAGGGCGGUCCUCGAGCCUUGUAUGUACCCAUGGAGGGGAGUGACUUUGUGAGGGUCAGCAAUGUUUACUCAUGCACACCCUCCUUUCUUGUGAUAUUGACAGCCAUCUUCCUUGAGUGAGGUGUAAAGCCCUCUUAAGAUUUUUCAGUACCCCACUCCCAAAGAAUGUUUAAUAUGUAAAAACAUUGCUUGAAAAGUUGUCUACCAGUGAAUUUGGGGAUGAUCUAGGGCCAGUACCACAGCUCCUGCACAGACAACCAAGUCCUCUGGCUUAGGAGAGUACAAGAGAGUAGCCAAAAGAGUAUAGUACCCAAGGCUCUUACCCUUAUCUUGGCCAGUGUCUGGGCAGAGCCCAGUCAGUGCAUACUUUCCCCUAUAAUUCUUAGGUUACAAACUUGAGUUUCAGGGAAUUUCAGUCAGCAACCGGUAGAGUGAAUAAAUACUUGGUUACCAGCCUAAUAAUGUGAACUGCUACACUUAUUUUUAUUCUUUAAGAACACAAAGACUUUAUGCAGAUACUUUAACUAUAAAUUAAUGUAAAAUGGUGAAUGUUUCUAAAGGAGGGAAAACAGAAUCUUAUUCACUUAUGCAAUCAAUCAGUGAAUGAUUUAAAGAUGAUGCUAGAAGAGAGCUCUAAGGAGAGAACAUGGAUGACCAGUGUGGUCAGGAUAGGAGGGAUCAGUCUGUCCCAUCCCGUUGGUGGGAAAGGAGGAAAGAGGGAAUCAGAGUUACAUAGUAAUUACUUGGUGACAAGUGCAAUGGGGUGUGGGUAGAAUUUAUUCUCAGAGCCAAGGGGACUUGAUGGUUAUAAAUUAAGUUGCUUUUAGUGAUGGAAUUUAUAGACAGGUCGUGUUGUUCCAAAAGAUGUGAAUAGGAGCCACAAUAGGAAGUUUAUUCAGAAUAAAAUAAAGACUUAGAUUAGUGAGAGUUAUAAUUUGAUUUCUUAGACUGGGGGUUUAAUUGAACUUCAUUAUAUCCCUGGGUAACACACAGAGCCUUGGGAUGAGGAAAAGCCAUUUUGGAUUCUGCCUGCCACAAACAGACAUAUUCUAAACAGUGCUACUAAAGUUAAGACUGUUCAAAUAUUUUAUUUUCUCUGACAACUACUUUUUAUGAUGAUAAACAAUUAAGACCAUUUAAAAUAUGGGAGUACAAAUAUUUUUUUGAAUUAGAUUAACUUGCAAAAACCAAAUUUGCAGUACUUGGAUUGUUUGUAGACAGACUUUGGUGUCAAUUUAAAACCAAGAUAAUUUUUAUAUUCUUUCCAAUAGAAUUCAUGACAGCUUCUGCAGUUUUCUUAAACCACAAAAAAAAGUGCUGCAAUGAUGAACAAAGAAUUAUUAAAAAAAAAAAAAAAGAACUACUUUUGUAUCUUUAUUUUGGAAUUUCUUGUUCUAUUAUAAAUAUGGAAGUAUCCCUAUUUCAGAAGACAUAUUUUGUUAAAAAUGAAUUGUACAUAUUUAAAUAUGUAUUUUUGCACAGGUCUUUUUUUCUGAUAUCCUGUUUUGGUACAAUUGAGAUCAUCUAGUAUUUAUUUAUUAAUUAAUAAAAAUAAAUACCUUUUUAUAAUUUGAAGUGGUUCACUGCCAAGCCAAUAGUUUAGAAUCUGCCUCCUUUACAGUUAAGGGAUGCCUCUGUUCUGUGAAAGUCUCUGUCCCUUUUAGUGUCCCUGGAGUGAAUUCAUACAGAUGAAGUGGGCGUGGCUGAUUUCCAUUUAGACUACAUGGAACCAAGUAACACACUGCUUUUCUUUGUUUGGGGUGGGUGGGUGUGUGUGUGUGUGUGUGUGUGUGUGUGUGUGUGUGUAUGUAUGUACACGCGCGCAAUAAUACUCUGAGCACACCUGUGUUAUUAGUAUGUGAUGUGGUUUAAACUAAUGGGGAAAACAAAACAAAGCUGAAAGUGCCUGAACCUAGUUUUAGCUCAGACAGAUUCUCUUUAAAGACUUGAAUGCUGAGUUGAACUUCUGGAGUUUGCUUUUUCCACCUAAAUGUUAUCUCUAAAGUUUUAGGGGAGAAGUUAAAAGCCAUUGAGGCUAGUAAUUUUUAUAAGGUAUUUUAAAAUUAAGACAUUUUGGUUCACAGUAAUUUAACUGGCAAUUGACUGCCCUGUGCCACCCAAGGGUUAUAAACCGAUGUCAGCCAGCAGCUGUUUUGUUAUUCACUCAUGAAAUACAGAGUUUAAGAUAGGAUAUUUAAAAUAUUUUGUAUAAAAAAUACAAGAAGCACCUCUGAGAACACUGAAACAAAUGUUUAAUUUGAAAAAGAAUGUAACUUAUAAAGGCAGCUGUCUUCCUGUAAGAGUUCUGUUGCCAAGGGAUUUCUUAACGUCUCCAUUCUGUCUUGGGUCUGGGAAAAGUUAGGCUUUAAAAAAUGAUUGUUAAAAGUUUCAUUGUUUAAAAGAAAAUAAUCAUUUUUACAUCUUGUUGUAAAGCAUUUUACCUUUUCAGAUCACUUAAAUGAGCACUACAUAUUGUCAGUGUGAAUGCAGGGCCUUGAAAGAAUUUUUGCUUUUUUUUUUUUUUUUUUUUUGAGCUUGGUUAUAAAAGCAAUCUCCUGUGUUAAAUAAAAUGUGUGAAUAGUUUGAUAAAUGUGUACACAUAAUCAAGAGCAUCUCAGCUGGACUUUGUGUUGGCUGCUGUAUAGAAAUGAACAAAUGUCAAGGGAUAGAAAAUUACUUUGGAUAUUUAAAAGAGAAGAAAUAUAUAGUCUAUUUGUUUUGUAACAAGUUUCUGUAAAUAAAAUAAUUUAUACUAUUUAUAAGAAAAAGUUGUGCUUUGCUUUAUGAGAAACUAGUUUGUUGAACAAACAUGUUAUUAAAUGGGCAAUAAACUUAGGACUUCUCAAUAAAUAAGGUUGGCUGCA